AUGUCUUUCACGAAGCGAUGCUGCGCCAGCGGCUCUCUCCAUACCGGCAUUCCUACUGGCACGACCUCCAAGCUCCACGAUCUUGAUGUCUACAUCGCUUCACCUUCUCCCGAGAAGACACCCAAGGGUAUCGUAGUCAUUCUCCCAGAUAUCUUCGGAUGGACCCUUCCAAACACUCGCAUUCUAGCCGACAGCUUCGCAGCAAACGGCGACUUCCUAGUCAUGCUCCCAGACUUCAUGGACGGCAACGUUUUCCCACAUGAUCUGAUAAUCAGCAUAAAAGCACUCGAUGCUACAGGUCCUUUUGCUUGGAUCACAAAAGGAUAUCAUUUCAUAAAGCUUCUCUGGCGUGGCUGGCCAUUUCUCAAGAAUGACAAGGCCCGCCUUGUUCGCCCACGUGUUUACAAGUUCUUCCGUGGUCUACAGUCCUCGCACCCCGAUCUUCCAGUUGCAGCAGCAGGGUAUUGCUGGGGUGGUCAGUGGGUUGUGGAGCUAUGCAUGAAUGAUGAGGACUGUGCUGUUGAUGUAAAGCCAUUUGUCGUCUGUGGGUUUACAGCUCAUCCUUCGCGUUUGAAGAUCCCCACGGACAUUCAUAUGGUCUACUAUCCCCUUUCUAUCGCGGCAGCUGGUAUCGAUCAGCAGAUUCCUGUCGUGAAAGCCAGGCAGAUUGAAGACAUCCUAAAAGCCAAAACGGCUAAGAUGAAGGAUAUCGGUAUUGAGCACGAAUUUACCCUAUACGAAGGUGUCCACCACGGGUUUGCUGUCAGAGCAGACGAGAAUGAGGAUCACGAACGCAAGUGUGGGAAGAAAGCAGAGGAGCAAGCUAUCAGGUGGUUCACAAAGUGGUUUGAACGUGCUGGCGAAAGUGAUUCCUUGUGA